AGAAGAGCGAAUGGGCAUGGAUUACUACAACAUUUUGAAAGUGAACCGAAACGCGAGUGACGAGGACCUGAAGAAAGCGUACAAGAGACUCGCAAUGAUCUGGCACCCCGACAAGAACCCCCUCAACAAGUCCGAAGCUGAGGCCAAAUUCAAACGUAUCUCCGAAGCAUACGAUGUUCUCAGCGACCCUCAGAAGCGUCAGAUCUACGAUCUCUACGGCGAGGAGGCUCUCAAGUCCGGUCAGUUCCCCCCGCCUCCGCCGUCGUCGUCGUCGUCAUCAUCUUCCUACUAUUCUUCUUCCUCUUCUUCGCGCCCUUAUCAGAACGGCAGCGCACACCAACACCACCAGCGCCAGAACCCUGGCACGUCGUCGUCAUCCUUUCGGUUUAAUCCCCGCGAUGCUGACGACAUUUACGCCGAGAUCUUCGGCAGCGAAGGGGGUGACGUGGGCAGCAGUGGGGCGAGGGGAGGUGGUGGCGCGCGGAGGGAUGCGUUCUUUAAGACGUCGAAUGGGUUCGCCGGGGCGCCGAGGAAGGCUGCUGCUGUCGAGAACGUGCUGCCGUGUAGCUUGGAGGAACUAUACAAGGGAAUCAAGAAGAAGAUGAAGAUCUCCAGAACAGUCUGUGAUACUUUUGGAAAGUUCCGGAAUGUGGAGGAGAUUUUGACAAUUGAGAUAAAACCUGGAUGGAAAAAAGGAACAAAGGUUACUUUCCCGGAGAAGGGUAACCAGGAGCCAAGUGUCAUCCCAGCCGAUCUUGUUUUCGUGAUAGAUGAGAAACCACACAUUCUAUAUAGAAGGGAUGGUAAUGACUUGGUGAUACACCAGGAGAUAUCACUUUUGGAGGCUCUUACAGGUAAAACUUUGGACUUGACAACUUUGGAUGGAAGGAGUCUAAUGAUCCCACUCACAGAUAUUAUUAAACCUGGUGCUGAGGUUGUUGUCCCUAAUGAAGGAAUGCCCAUAUCGAAAGAACCUGGGAAGAAGGGGAAUUUGAGAAUUAAGCUUGAUGUCAAGUAUCCUUCAAGGCUAACUCCAGAGCAGAAAUCUGAUCUCAGGAGAGUAUUGGGUGGAGUCUCAUAGUCUUAGUAUAUCUUAGUGAUGUGGAGUGUGGUGUUUAGCGACAUGUAAAUAUAUUUAUGUUAGGCCUGAUUGGUUUCUGCUUGCAUUGAAUGUUUUCCUUUUCAGUGUGCUCUAUUUUCAAAAUUUUGUGAAAGAAAAACUAGAAAUAGUGAAAACAACUAAAUCUUGUUGUCACUGUUUCUAAAAUCUUGAAAAUAUAAAAUAUUGAAAAUGGAAAGAAAUUGACUAGGCAUGUUUGGGUGCUAUAUGGUGGAUGUGAAUAACAAGAAAUGGAAUACUCUACAGGGGUAAAAUAGGAGUAUUAAGGGGCUGGGUAUAGGGUGGGUUCAUACUUUAACUUUUGGAUUUUUUGCUGGGUAGGAAACAUAAUGUCUCGUGGAAAUGAGUGGCUUGCUAGGUAGGAUAAAUUCUAUUGGGUUUUGACUUUAACAAAAUCAACUUGUUUUGCUUUUUGAUUAAACUCAUGUCAAGAUUAUAGAAUCAUAGGAUCACUUUUUACUUUUUAGUCAUGUAUCGAAAGCUGUAUAUAUUGUUGAUUCUUGAGCCACCCCCUCCCCUCCCCUCCCCUCGUUUUUAUGUUUUAUUUAUUUUUUGGGGCAGGGGGUGACUCAUUAUCAGUUGAAUUUAUUUAUUUCUGUUUAUUGCUACGUUUUCAGUUUUAUCAU